AUGUCAUCAAAGGUGAAAAUUGGUCAAGGAGCUAUGGUUUGUAAAGAAAUUAAAGUUAAGGGUCAAGUAAGUUUUGGCGCAUCUACAAUAAUUCACCCUGGUGUAACCUUAAUAGCCGAAGCUGGACCCAUUGAAAUAGGAGAAAAUAAUAUUAUUGAAGAAUAUGUCAAUAUUAUUCACAAAUUUUUACCUGGAGAUGAACAGUCUGAGCCUGUGACACUUAAAAUUGGUUCUAAUAAUGUAUUUGAAGUAUAUUCAACCAUCGAGGGAGUCAGCUCUAUUGGAGACAAUAACAUAUUUGAAUCAAAAAGUUUUGUUGGUCGAAAUUUAUCAAUAGGCAAUGAUUGUAUCAUUGGAGCAGGUUGUCAUUUAACAUCUACCUCGCCUAUUGAAGAUGGCACUUGUGUGUAUGGUAAAAAUUGUACUAGACAAAAAGCUUUUUGUAAACCAUCAGUUCCUGGAGGGCAUCGCGAAUUUUUGAUCAAAUUGUUACCAAGUUACCAUUUAUUAAGGAAAAAUAAAAACCCUAUUGAAGGAAAUUAA